AUGAGACUGAGACUCAUACACUUUGUUCCGCAUCGUUGGAUAUUACUAUCGUGGGCACGGACGCGGAAUUGUGCCCUUUUACCACUAUCUCUUAGCAGGGCAAUAAACAGUCAAAGUUCAGAAAGCGACGAUACUAAUGCUGACCCGGAAUCAGACACGACACAAAAGCCAAUUAUUCCCGUCGGAGAGCACGACGUAGCUAUCAUAAAGGACGAUGUGACAGUUGAGAAAGAUGCCUUACUACUCGAUAGCGAAAAGGCACUUCAGGCUCGAACUAAAAGCAUCCAAUAUAAAUUACGAGACAAGACCAGACAGUUUGCCGACUUUGUUUGGGUGACAGUCAAAGGCGGUCGUGGCGGUGACGGAUGCGUUGCAUUUUUUCGCGAGAAAUUCGUACCUAAAGGUCCACCUUCGGGUGGCAACGGUGGUCGUGGUGGAGAUGUCAUUUUCGUCACAUCUGCUAAUCAUACAUCGUUACACAGCAUUCCGCGAACCAUUAAAGCGAGUGAUGGCGAUUCUGGCAAAGGACAUCAUAAACAUGGUCACGCAGGUAAAGAUGUUGUCGUGCCAGUUCCAUUGGGAACUGUCAUACGUGAAGUUGACCCACCUGCCAAGACCGAGCGUAAUGAUUAUGAGGACCCUGAAGACGAGCAAACUAUAUUAGAGAAGAAACGUGCGGCAUUGUGGGUUCAUUAUCCACGUUACGAGGAAGCGAACCCACUCGGAUCUUAUUUCCUCGAAGCUGAGAGGAUGGUGGAGAGAGAACAAAGAUACCAUCGAUAUGUACGUGAGAGAGAAGCAGACAGAAAGUUGUUUCUGGAUUUGUCUACUCCGGCUGAGCAACAUAUCGUAGCGAAAGGAGGGGUAGGCGGUAAAGGCAACCCACACUUUUUGACCAGCGAAAAUCGAUCACCCAAAUUUGCCACUCGUGGUCAGGAAGGGCAAGUGCGAUAUCUUACACUUGAAUUAAAGACUAUUGCUGAUGCUGGAUUAGUUGGUCUUCCAAACGCAGGCAAAAGUACUUUUCUGACUGCUGUAUCCAAUGCCCAUCCUAAAAUCGCGCCCUAUCCUUUUACUACUCUAAAUCCUUUCAUUGGUACUAUUGACUAUUGCGAUAGAUUCCAAUUAACAGUGGCUGAUAUUCCUGGGCUUAUUCGCGGAGCACACAAGAACAUUGGCUUAGGACAUUCGUUUCUUCGUCAUGUUGAAAGGUCCAAAGUACUUGUCUAUGUAAUCGAUUUGGCAGGAGAGAGUCCUUGGGACGACUGGAAUAUACUUCAAGAAGAAUUGGAAAAAUAUCUUCCUGGACUCACCAAACGGCCGUCGUUGAUAGUAGCCAAUAAGGUAGACGUAGUCGAUGUUGCAAAGCGCAAAUUGCCAUUGUUUGAAGAAAGUGUAAAAGCGAAUACGAACUACGAGGAUACUAUUGUUGUUCCUGUAUCAGCAAAGUAUCGGAAGAACAUACUUAAAGUAACGACAUUGCUGAGGCAGAUGGUGGAGAAAUCUUGUUAA